GAAAACCCCGGUUAUGUGCUUUUUUUCUGGUCUGCAGAUUGUGUAUAAAAGCCAAGACUUUGCCAGCACAGCCAUGCCACCAUGUAUAACUCUCUGAUCAUUGCAAGCCUUGUCUACCUAGCCACACCUGCAGUGAAUGGCCAGCACAUUGUGCAGCCGUAUCGCGUGGUGGCGACUGAGGGCCAGGCGACGAUAGAGUGCCGCUACUCCUCCCCUCCCCGCCACCAGCCCCUGGAGCUCCAUGUGACGCUGCUCAAGGGUUACCAUGGCGCCGCCACCAUCUGCGGCAGCUACAUCAACUCCACCAUCGGCAGCGUGCGGACGCAGGAGCCCAACGCUUGCGAGGUCACGCUGAGCGAGAGGGGCGUCAACGUGAGUGUCGCCGGCCUGACGGGAGACGACACUGACAUGUACCGGUGCGUGGUGAAGGUGCUGUACCCUCCGCCCUACCUGGAGAAGCACGGCAAUGGCACCCUGGUGUAUGUCCCAGGUGAGAGAACGACAACAGAACUCAACGACAGAACUAAACCAGCACCAAACACCGGAACUGGAUCUCGAUCAGGGGGUGACGGAACUAACGCCGAUCCAAAGAGAGAGGCAGGAGGGCGGUCAGAACGAGAAGCAGGCUCUGGGGGUGACAUGGGUGGAGCUUCCGCUCCCUCUGGUGGUGGCCAUCUUGAUUCUGAUAGUCUGCGCCAUCAUUUGCCAGGUCAACGGGAUUAGGCACGCCAGGAGACACGGCACAAGCACCCAGCCACUAACAGCCAGAGUAGUACCAAAGAUCAUCUGACCUGAUGUAUUUUUUAUUUAUUCAUUGUAUUUGUUAGGGACCACCAUGUACACUUUGUAACAUACAUGUUGCCAUUUGAUGCAUUGUGCCUUGGGCUAAUUCACAUCUGCAGUCCCAAACUUAAUUUGCCUUAUGGGCAAUUAGGUGGUGGUAGCGUAGUAGUUAAAGAGCAGGGUUAGCAUGCAGUAUAGCCAUAACUAAUUGUGGGUUUGAUUCUGACUGUAGCUACCACUGUUGUGUCCUUGAGCAAGGCACUUUAGCCCAAGUUGCUCCAGGGACCCUUGGAUGGGCCCUUGAAAUGUAAUUGCCAUGUAAGUUGCUUUGGAUAAAAGCGUCUGCUAAAUGAAUAUAAAAUGAAAAUAUAAAAUGUUAUGAUGUGCCAUGCAAAUCAGCAAUGUUCAUUUCAUGUUAAAUGAUAUUACUGUGUUUUAAUGUCAGAUAUUAUAUAUCAGUGUGCAUUGAAUCAGAUCUGUUGUAGGAUGGAAUAGCCGAUCAAAAACUGUUAAAAUUGAUUAGCAUAUUCUGGGAUGUUGGAUGCUGUAACUUUGGGUGUUUUGUCCUCUACGGCCUUUUCUCUGGUUUUACUGUCCUACUUUUUCUGUGCGUUUUGAUUUUAUUUUCAUCACAGCGUAAUAAUGCUGUGACUGUGACAAUAAAUAUGUAUCAUAUGAAUAAC